AUGACAACAAAUGAAAACAAUAAUCAAUUAGAAAUCAAUCAAUCAAUCAAUUAUACUGAAUCAAUUUAUCAUUUAUGUUAUGGUUAUUUAAUACAUGAUUUAAAAAUUAAAAAUAAAUCACAAUUAUUUGAUAGAACUAUUGCAGAAAAUGAAAUUGAUCAUAUUAAACCAAUAUGUUCUAUACGUUUAUAUUUAUUAUUUUGUAAAGAUUGUUUACGUAUAAAACGUUAUAUAACUAAUACAAAUCGUUAUAAACGUUAUACAUUAUAUUAUAAACAAAUUGAAGUGUAUUAUUUUACACCCUAUAUGAAAAAUGUAUUAAUAUUAGGUAUCCUAUCACCAAAUGGUCUAAAACGUAGUUAUCAAUAUAUUUAUAUUAAAAAUAAUGAUGAUCAUUUUAAAAUACAAACAAUAUUAAAUCAAAUUUUUGAAAAUUCAUUAAAAAUAUUAACAAAUAUGCCAAUUAUUGGUCAAUUAUUAAUUAAAAGUUUUCAUAAUGAAUCUAUACGUAGUAAAAGAUUAGGACAAAUAAUUUUAGAUGAUUUACAUACAUCUAAUGAUAUCGUUAAUGAAAUCAAAGAAAAUGAUGAUAGUAAUCCAAUCAUUAAUGAAUAGAUAAAUGGAAAUAAUAAAAUUUUAUCUUAAAUAUGGAUGAUACCUUUUUAAAAAAAUCCUCAUUCAAAUAUAUACAUUUUUAUAUGAUAAUAGUUUUGUAAUGACGUAUGUGUAUUCUAUAUUUAAUUAAAUAAAUUUGUUUAUUAUUAAAAUUUAUAAUUGUUUAAAUGGUUACGAUCACGAGUCAGUUGAAGCUAGACCACCAUGGAGAACCAGGAAGCACUGGACGACCGUUUCGUCUUAUUGUGGGAUUUCUCAGCAGUGCGCAUCCACGACCUCACCCCCUGCGAGAUUCGAACCCAGGAACUAUAAUAUCCACAAAACCCAUUUGAUAUUAUAAUUAUUUGUUUUUAUUCUAAAUUGUAAACAAUAAAUAGAUUAUGAAUAUGUAUAUGUAUGCACUGUCUUCUGUUCGU